GGAGCUCCCGGGAUUCCCUGCAGAGAGGCUCCGGCUGGAGACCCAGUCUACAACCCACCCGUCACGGGCCCUGGGUCAGAACCGCGCUUUCCUGCUCCGCAGGUGAGGGAGUUGGCCGGCGAUCUCACCUCGCGUGGCAAGGACCUCGCUCCUGGGGCCCUGCGCCUCUUCUAACCCAGUCAUUCCACUUGGAGGAACUCCGGACCUGCCCCAGUGAAACGGACUCAGAAAAGCGGAGUUUUCAAGCCGAGCAGCGGCACCUACCCAGGGCGAGCGUGAGAGCUGAUGUAGGGGACACAGUGACUCUUGCCCUCGACGCCUGUCUUUCUUCUCUGCAGGUCAAGCUCGUGCCAGGGGGGAAAAUGUAUCAGAGCUUGGCGCUGGCCCAAAGCCCUGGCCAGGCCACCUACGCCGACUCGGGAGCCUUUCUGCACGCUUCGGGAGCCGGCUCCCCGGUGUUCGUGGCACCCACGCGUGUGCCUUCCAUGCUGCCCUACCUGCCUGCGUGUGACCCCAGCUCGCAGCCUCCCGCGCUUGCCGCACACUCUAGCUGGACUCAGGCAGCUGCCGCUGACUCCUCAGCCUUCGGCUCUGGAAGCCCGCACCCACCAGCUGCACACCCACCGGGAGCCGCCACCUUCCCGUUCACACACAGCCCAGCGGGGUCUGGCAGCAGCGGCAGCGCAGGGGCCCGGGACAGCGGCGCCUUCCAGGGCGCGCUGCUGGCUCGCGAACAGUACCCAACCCCGCUCGGGAGACCCAUGAGUGCCUCGUACCCCACAACCUACCCGGCAUACGUGAGUCCCGACGUAGCCCCUUCAUGGACCCCCGGACCCUUCGAUGGUAGCAUCCUUCACGGUCUGCAGGGCCGCCCUAGUGGCCUCCCUGGCCGCAGGGCCACCUUCGUACCUGACUUCUUGGAGGAGUUCCCCGGUGAGGGCCGGGAGUGUGUCAACUGUGGAGCCCUGUCUACACCACUGUGGCGCCGUGACGGCACAGGGCACUACCUAUGCAACGCCUGCGGCCUCUAUCACAAGAUGAACGGCGUCAACCGGCCACUAGUGAGGCCUCAGAAGCGUCUGUCCUCAUCCCGUCGAUCCGGCCUCUGCUGCUCCAACUGCCACACUGCCACCACCACCCUCUGGAGGCGCAAUGCGGAGGGAGAGCCUGUGUGCAAUGCCUGCGGCCUCUACAUGAAGCUCCAUGGGGUGCCACGGCCACUAGCAAUGAAAAAAGAGAGCAUCCAGACAAGAAAACGAAAGCCGAAGAACCCUGCCAAGAUCAAGGGCUCCUCAGGAUCCGCGGCAAACACUGCGGCCUCUUCCCCCACCCUCCUCAACACCGAGGACUCAGGCACCACUUCGAAGGCAGAGCCCAGUCUGGCAUCUCCAGUGUGUGCUGGACCCACUGUCACCUCCCAGGCCUCUAGCCCAGCGGAUGAAUCCCUGGCUCCUGGUAAUUUCGAGUUCAAGUUUGAACCUGAAGACUUUGCCUUCACCUCCUCGUCCCUGAGCCCCCAGGCUGGCCUCAGUGGGGUCCUGCGUCAGGAGGCCUGGUGUGCCCUGGCCUUGGCCUAGGUGCUAAGAAAACUGUCACCACAGUGGAUCCCAGGAACAGAGCCUGCAAAUAUGGCUCCUAGAGCAGAGCAGAGGCCAAGGGGUCCCAGGAGCAGAGGUUAGCACCUGAGCCAGCAGCCCCAGGGGCCCCUCACCACUGUGGUGGGGGAACGUUCUGCGAUGACAGCCUAGAAGAAGAAGGCUGGUGGGUGAAGAAGGCUUGAAGGCUCAUCCGGGAUAGCAAUGGACUCCCCAGAGCCCUCAUGGGCCCCUCUGUAGUCAAGACGAAUGGAGAUACCCACCAAUGACUUGAAUGCCAUCAACAGUCAACAUUUACAGUUUGUAGCAGCUGGCAAAGGUUCACAGAAUCCCACAGUAAAAUCUGAUCCAAGGGAAACAAACAGAGUCCAGGCGGGCAAUAAGAAGGAGGGAACCCAACACAAGGCCUCUGGGGUCUCAAGUUCUUAACUAUCCAUAUUUGACUCUGCAAGGUUGAGUGGGUGCUCUCUUGCCUACAAACGCAGAGCUAUCGGAGACCAGUGUGCAAGCUGAGCACCGUACCAGGACAUCACCCCCGGGAAAUACAUCCCUCUGGCCAGCA